AUGGCUAGUGCGGAUAUAAGGCGAGCGAAAGCAUCAUCGGAUGCUUUUCCAACGCUCAACAAGGCGGGUGAUCGUGGGAGUAGAUUCAUACAAUUUGCCGAAGAUGCUAAAGAGGAUUUGAACCACGAUUUGGAUUGCUUGAGCGCUGAAUUCCGACACAAACUUGGCUUGCUCCCGGAGGAAGAACAGGAACUGUCUGACAUCUUCAAAGCCAAACUCGGCCUCAGUCCUUUGGAUAAACAUCGCCUCCAUGAGUUGAUAGAGGACAAAGACAGAACUGCCAAACAAUAUUCGAUCGAGAAAUACGCGCUAAAUCAUUUUCAGACUCAGCAGACGGCCAAGAAACCGGAAGUGAAGUUUAUCAAUGGUCAACUAUCCAAUCCGUUGCUGCCCAAGGAAAGUCCGGCAGAAACUCAGGCGUCCAUUUAUUUGUUCGCUGCCAUAAAACUCUUCAUGGAUGGAGAUUUUCCAAUUGGCGGAGACAACUCCAUCAGGACCGGUACAGCUUAUAACACGAAACCAUACAUGCCUGUCAUGAUGAAAGUCUUCCAGGUCCUCGACAGUUUCUACACUGACGAAAGCCCCUCUCCGACUAAUAUGACGUCAACUCCUUUCAACCAAUCAGAAAAGCCAUUGGAAGAAAAACCAAAGAAGCCUAAGAAUAAGAUGACGAUCCGAAAACUAAUCCGCACAAUAGGCAAGGCCUACAGUAAACGCACGUCAUUCAGUUCCGCUUCAAGGACUAACGACUUCAACGAACACGUUAGCUCGAGAAAAAGUAGUAGCUCGAGUAGUAACCACAACAGCAGCGGCAGCAAUUAUCAUAACAAGGGUUAUUCAACAGAUGCGGGUGUUACGUAUGAGAAUGUGAUGAAAUCGCUGGUCACUGAGUUAGAUGUCGUGCAGUUUGUCGUCUCUCAUGGAAUCAUCCGGAGAGAGUUGAGGUGGAAAAUUUGUUUUUUGGUUUUUUUGCUGGCGAUGGCUCGAGCCUGGAUACUCCAUUCCCUUUGCAUCUCCUGUUUCCUGCCUUCCUCACAACUGAUCGGAUAUUACAUCUCCUUUCUUCACCGAAUGUCGGAUACAUCUCCGAUAGUCAUUGAUCGAAUCUUCCAAAACAUCCUUCGAACCAACGAAAACGGUUUUCGGUAUCACCCGUCCAACUCCCUAGAACUCAAAUCGGAACUGAUGCAGACUCCGAUAAUUUUCCAAGUUUCGUUGAUAGAUGGCAGGAUGAUCAAGGUGGCAGUCGACUCGUCGUGCACAUCUCUCGAAGUCUGCACUGAAAUCGCACGACAGAUCAACCUGGAAGAUAGUUUCGGCUUCUCCCUCUUCAUAUCUAUCUAUGAGAGGGUGUCCUCUCUGGGCUGCGGUUCAGACCACAUCAUGGACGCCCUGACGGAAUGCGAGCACAUGGCCCGAGACAGAGGUAUCGUGGACGAAUCUGAAGCUCCGUGGAUGUUGUUCUUUCGCAAGGAACUCUUCACGCCCUGGUUCGAUCCUAAGUUAGACCUCGUGUCAUCCAAGUUGAUCUAUAAGCAGAUUCACGAUGGCUUUCUGAAUGGAGAAUACAACGUACCGCAUGGCAUUUUAGAAACAUUCAUCGCGCAAAUACUAUUCGUCGAAUACGGUAGGCUACGGGUCGAGUUGAUCCGACAGAACAUACCGAACCACGUACCGACAGUCAUGGUAUCCGACAGCAAAUCACUGCAGAGCAUGGUCGAGGCCGUCUAUAAAGUUACUCGCCGUUUAGCCCUGGACACCGAUGAUAAUGAGAAGAAUGAAGUCAUGAAUAGCAUCAUCACAUCAGCCUCACAAUUUCUCAGCAUGAACUUUUCAGCUCUCUUCGAAGCGGUCAACUACGGGGGUUUUCCGCAGUUACAGCCGCAAGAAGUGGUUAUCGCGUUGAAUGGCUGUGGAGUGACCAUUCAUAGCAGUGGCACUAUGCUACCUCUUGCUUAUUUCAAAUUUUCUGACCUCAUGACUUCAUUCACUAACAAUGCCCAGGACAUCACAUGUUCCACCUUGACCAUGGUAGCCAUUGACGGUGUGGAGUACAGCCUGGUCAGUCCCAACUCCGAAGUUGCCUCCAAGAUUAUCAUCGCCUUCCUCAGUGGUCUCAGGAGGAGGUCUCGUUGGGCUAUUGCUGUCAAACCGUUUGUCUUUAAAGAUUUCCGCAAGAACAGAGAGGCGAACGAGUUUCAACUGAUCCAGGGCGACACGGUUGAACUUCUGGACGAGAUCGUCGAAGGAACGUUGAACCGGCACGAAUCGAGGUCGGAUAUUUUGUACGGUAUCUGCGAGAGAACCGGCUUGAAAGGGUAUUUCCCGAUAGAUGUUGUGUAUGUUUUACCGACCGCUCAAAGACCGGCGCAGGAGUUUUUGGAUUUGCUCCGAGAGAUGGGCAAGGAGGUGGCUCAGAGCACCCUGACCCACUUCACAAAGAGUAGAGUCAUCAUGGAGGACGCCGACACCAUUAAAAGGCACCCUGAUUCCAGUGCCUGAUGUGGUGGUUGUGUGGUGGUAGGGUGGUGUGGAAAUUCUGAUGAUGGUGAUAUGAUGGUGAUGUGCGAUGAUUUUAGGGCAUGGUGAUGACGUAACCAUGACGUAAUGGAGUUUGUGGGAUGAGAUGAUGAUGAAAAUGAUGGGAUGACGAUGAUGAUGAUUAUAAACUCAUCAUAAGCAGCAACUGGAUGAGGAAACAUAGUAACCCAAAUUUGUAUAAAGCCGUUUCAGAACAGAUUUCUGGUUAAUUCAGAUGACGUGAUGAUGAAGCCAGAAUGACGUCAAGAUGACGUGAUGAUGACGACGUGAGGACUAUGUGAUGACGUAAUGUGAUGAUAAUAUGAGUGACUCGGUGUGACGUUAGUGAUGGCCAAAUGAUUGCCUGGUUAUGACAAUGGAGCGACGACGACGAUGAUGUCAUGAGUAGAAAAGAUGCGAAAUGGCAUGACUUUCAAUUAUGAUAACAAUGAUCAUAUCACUACCAUGAUACAAUUAUGAUAACAAAGGUAGUAUCAUUUUUAUUUUAAGUUUUUAAAGCUUUGUUUUUAGGAUGUUAAUUUGUUUUUGCCUGUUAUGCCGAACUUUUUCAAACUAUCAAUAACUCUAAAUUAAUAGCAUUUGUUAUUUAUUUACGAGCCACAACUAAUUUAGGGAACAAUUAUUUGACAAAAA